GGGUUUUUGCAAAGGAGAAAUGACUGUUAAGUCAUACUGUGACUGUGUGACAUGUUGAGUUACGAUUCCAUUAUUAGGAAAAAUGUGAAUUUGAUGAAUAAUACGAUGGAUAAACCGGCGGAUCCCGGCGCAGCGACGCCAGUGUCGCAACCACCAUUCGACACCCAAUUGGUGUCGCAGCAGCAACAAUCGGAAUCGAUCAUCGCCAAUCUCCGCAAUAUCUCCGACUCCCUCUCCGCUUUCCAACAUUGCUUCAGUGAGCUACAACGACACAUUGAUUCGAUUCGAACCUCAAUCGAUUCUGUGCUGCUACCCCCUCAGACAACUAAAACCACUCAUUUACCCGCUCCAUCAUCAGCGCCAGCAGCUGCAUCGGAAUCUGACUCCUCUGAAGAAGGAGGAGGAGGAGGAGAAGAAGAAGAAGACGAGGAAGAGGAAGAGGAGGAGGAGAAAGUGAAAUCGCCUCGUCCAGACCUGGAAAGUUUUUGCGAAACGAUGAAUAGUGAUGGUCUGCGGAAGUACAUGCUAACACAUCUCUCAGACAUUCACGGAUUGCGUGUACAAGUCCCUAAGGCACUAAAACGUUCGCCCAAACCUGCGAGGCUUGUACUGGAAUCUAUUGGUAAGUUUUAUAUUCAAGGGAGCAAGGGGUAUAUUAAUGACUUACCUUUGAUCCGGGGAAGGAUGGCUAAAGUAUUGCUUUUGGAGUUAUUGAUGGGGAUGGGAUUUGAGAUUGAUAAAUGGGUGAAGGAAGAGGCAGAGCAAGCAGCUUUAGCCUGGUUGAAGAGGUUGAAUUCUGAAGGAGGUAUACUACAGGUUCAAGAAAUUGAUGCCCGUGGUUUGCUGUUGCUUAUUGGUUGUUUCGGGGUUCCACAUAGAUUUACAAAUGCGAAUAUCAUAAAUUUACUUCAGGUAAGUAACCUCAAGUUGAUUUCUGUUGCCCUUAGGAAUUCACAUGUUCUCAUGGCAAAGUUUCCGGAAAUAAUAGAGGAAAUGGUGAAGAACAAGAGAGUCUUUGACGCUGUUCAUAUUGUCUAUAGUGUUGGAAUUCAGGACAAAUUUAACCCUGAGAAACUUUUGACAUCAUUUUUAAGAGAGUCUAAAGAUUCGUUUGACAAAAUGAAACGAUCACAAGGUUCACUUGAUGCUAAUUUUGGAGUAAAAAGGAAGUAUUUAUCUGAUUUGAAUUCAGUCAUCAAAUGUUUGGAUUCUCACAAGAUUGAUCCUUCAAAGCUUCUUCCUGGGUGGCAAAUCAAUAUGAAAAUAAUGAGCUUGAAGAGAGAAAUUGCUGAAUUCGAUAAGCAUAAGCAGAUAGCUGAACAGAAGAUAGCACAACAAAUUGCUGAAUUGCAUAAGAGAAAAAUUGAUGAAACUGAGUGGUUGAGCAACAAAGAAGUGAAACACUCACAUUUUCCAAAUCCAUGGCCGCCACAACAUCAAAGAGUUGUUAAUCAUGUCAAUAGCAACAACACCUUGUUAGAAGGUGGUGGAACUGCUGGCCACAAUUAUGGUUAUUAUAUUUCCCCUUCGGAAUUGCAUGGACCUGUUGCAAGCCCACUACGUGAAAAUGUUAUUAGCUCAGGUGUGGCCAUGGGUGGACCUGGAGCAGGUAUAUUAGCAAAUGCUGAUGGUAUUCAUGCAGGCAUGGAUGUUGUUCCGCUAGGAGGCUCAUAUGCUGGAAGUCUUGGAGGGAGUCGAGUUGAUAGUACACCCAAGCAGUUAGAAAGUCAUGCUGGUCAGUUAUAUGGAUCGCAUGGUGAUGCAACUGUGUAUGACAGACUGCCCUCCCACAGAUAUGCUUAUAGGCCAUCAUCCUACUUGGAAGGGCCAAACACCAUAGCUGGCGAUACUUAUAGGCCUGGACUAUACAUGGAAAGCUCUGCAGGGUUGCCAAACACCAUACCUGGUGAAGGCUCUGCGGGGUUGCCAAACACCAUACCCGGUGAAGGCUCAGCAGGGUUGCCAAACACCAUACCUGGUGAUUCUAAUAUGCCACCGCCAUACUUGGAAGGCUCUGCAGGGUUGCCAAACACCAUAACUGGUAAUGCUUAUAGGCCUGCACCAUACAUGGAAAGCUCUAAGGGCUUGCCAAACACCAUACCUGGUGAUUCUAAUAGACCACCACAAUACUUGGAAGGCUCUGUUGGGUUACCAAACACCAUAACCGGUAAUACAUAUAGGCCUCUACCAUACUUGGAAGGCUCUACGGGGUUGCCAAACACCAUACCGCCACCAUAUCAGUUUGCUGAUACUGUUCCAGCAACUGAACUAUACCAAAGCAGUGGCUCACGAGCAGUUGGUUUUCAUCCUUCGUCCUCCUUGUACUGGCAGAGAUAGUUUUGUGUUGGUCAGGCAUUACUUUCUACCUUAGUUUCCAUUUUUCUAGUGUAUAUAGCCAUUCUAGAAGUGAUUUCAUAGUCUCAGAAAUGUUCGUCUUUCAUCAGCUGCUAAAAAUCUCUGGCCAAUGUUAUCCUUUUUCUUAUCAAAAAAAAAAAUCUCUGGCCAAUGUUCAAGGCUUAGGAUAGUGAUGUCUAAACUCUACCUGGCAAAGUUCCAACAAACAUGAUUUUCUAACAGUUCUUUACUUUUCCUUUUU